AUGAAGCCCAUUUCUAAAGACCAAAGACGUGUAUUGGAUAAAGUUCAGCAAAUCAGCGAGUUGUCGUGUUAUUUUGUCCCAGCGUUUUCAACAGUACUUUUAUUCGUAUGGUAUGGGUUUUUAAAACUCCCCCCACUGUGCAUAUUCAAAAAAAGAAGCUGUGAGGGCAACAAGUCCUUGGAUCUUAUCUAUUCUACAAAAACAACCAUGAGCCAUUUUGUACGUCAGAGUAAAUUUCGUCAUGUGUACGUGGAACCAGCCAAGCUUGAAUCAUGUUAUACAAACGUCCGUCUUGCUACGGCCACGGGAGAGCAGAAUUAUAUUAAAGGGAAUACUAAAUUCUUUGCUGUAUCGAUCCAAGCUGGUGGUGGUGCGAUGGCUGUUGUACCGUAUGAGAAAGUGGGAAAAUUUGAUCCAGAUUUUCCACUCAUUUCGGGUCAUCGUGGUGCAAUUCUUGACUUUGAUUUUAAUCCAUUUCAUGAACAUUUGAUUGCAUCGGCUUCGGAUGAUACGACGGUGAAGAUAUGGGGAAUUCCAGAAGGUGGGCUAACAGAGACAUGCGUGGAUCCACUUGUGGAUUUGACAGGACAUGGACGGAAGGUGACGCUUAUUAAGUUUCAUCCGACAGCGAAUAAUGUACUAGCGAGUACAUCUUCAGACUUUUCAGUGCGUCUGUGGGAUAUUGAAAAAGGUGCUCAAACUGUCAAGAUGGAAGAUCAUGGAGAGAAUUUGAUUCAGGAUCUAGCUUGGAGUUGGACUGGUGGUGUCUUAGCUACCACAUGCAAGGAUAAAGUAGUGCGUCUGUACGAUGCUCGUUCUGGACAGGUUGUUUCGGAGAAGGAGAAUGCGCACAUGGGUACAAAAAGUGUCAAGAUUAGCUUUCUUGGUAACAAGGAGACAUUCGUGACGGUUGGCUUUACGCGCCAGAGCCAGCGUCAAUUCAAGGUGUGGGACCCACGUAAUCUUGAUAAGGAGCUUAAGAAGGUCGAUAUUGACCAGGCUGCAGGUGUCAUCAUGCCAUUCUACGACCCGGACACGAACCUUCUGUACUUGUGCGGUAAAGGAGACGGUAACAUUCGCUAUUAUGAAAUGUCGGAGGGUGAACCGUUUGCAUUCCCUAUCAGCGAAUAUCGUUCUACGACUUCUGCCAAGGGUAUGGCAAUGAUUCCGAAACGUGGCUGCGACAUAAUGAAGUGCGAGACAACACGUCUGCUGAAGCUUACGUCGAAUGCUAUUGAGCCACUGCAUGUGUUUGUUCCACGUAAGUCGGAUGCUUUCCAGGACGACAUUUUCCCCGACACGUACGCUGGUAUUCCCUCAAUGACUGCCGACGAGUGGUUGGGUGGCGCUGACAACUCUCCGGUGCUGAUGUCUCUGCGCCCUGAGAUGCAGGGUAAAAUUACUAACAAUGGCAAGCGUGCACGCUCUACAUCAAAGCCUAGCAGCGUGGGUUCCGGCAUUGCUGCUCGCGUGGCUCGUUUCGCCCGUGGUGGUAGCAAGAAUGACAAUACGCCUGAAGGCAAACUGAAGUCCGAGCUGGAGACUGCUAACGCACGAAUUGCACAGCUAGAGAAGCUGCUUCGUGAGCACGGCAUCUCGCACUAA